AUGAAAAAAAAGGAUGUCAAACUUGCAGUUCUGGGAAAUAAGGGUGAGAAAAAAGAUAAAGCAACAGUUGUAACAAAAGCGAUAUCAAAUCCUCAAGUAUCAGCAACAUCAUCAGCGUCUGCAAAGCAGCCAAAGUUGACAAAGCUUCAAGAACAGAUGAAGAAGACGCUAGCAGGAGGAAAAUUCCGUUUCUUGAACGAACAACUUUACACGACAACAGGAGAAGAAGCUUUUACGUUAUUCCAAUCAAAGCCCGAGCUGUUUGACGAAUACCAUGAAGGGUUCAGAGCUCAAGUCGAGUCCUGGCCUCAAAAUCCAGUCGAUAUUUUUAUUGCAGAUUUGCAAAAAAUGCCCAAGGAUACAGUCAUUGCUGAUCUAGGCUGCGGUGAUGCACAAAUCUCGAAAGAAUUAGAACGAACCAAGCAUAAGAAUGUGCUCUCGUUUGAUUUGGUAGCCAAGAAUGAUCAUGUCACUGCCUGUGAUAUUGCUCAUUUGCCAUUAGAGGAUACGACUGUGGAUGUGGCGAUCUUUUGUUUGAGUUUGAUGGGUACUGAUUUCUUGAAGUUCUUGAAGGAGGCCUACAGAGUACUGAAACCCAAUGGUCAACUCAGGAUUGCAGAGGUCAUUAGCCGGUUUACAGAUGUAGAUGCAUUUGUGGCAGCGCUUAAAGCCCUGGGAUUUGAGCUCAAGCAUUUAGAUUCAUCCAACAAGAUGUUUAUCAUGCUUGAUUUUAUCAAACCUGGUCCGGAAAGUGCUGGUAAUGGCGCUAAGAAGGGCAAGAAAGGGAAUAAGAAACAGAACAAGCGUGAAGAGCUAUCUGAGGUGGGUUUAGAGGUCCUUGAUGGGCCAUCGUUGUUGAAACCAUGCAUUUACAAGAAGAGGUAA